CCUGCGCGACAGUUGGUGCUUUAGCAACUAAGCAUAGCAACUGGGGAAAUCGGGCGCUGCGGGUCCUGUCUGAGGGGCUUCGGAAACCUUCUAGUAGAUUCCAGCGUCCUAGGUGAGGGAACAGUCUCUUUCCUUGCCUGGGACUCUGGAACCGUCUCUUUCUAAUGAAACAUGCCCGUCCUAUAUGACAGAUUGUUGAAACUAAAGGAGAUGUUUAACUCUAAGUUUGGGUCCACACCGAAGUUUUAUGUUCGAGCCCCAGGAAGAGUCAACAUAAUAGGAGAGCACAUUGAUUACUGUGGAUACUCUGUUCUUCCCAUGGCUGUGGAACAAGACAUGCUAAUAGCUGUGGAACCUGUGAAAACACACACUCUCCAACUGGCCAAUACAAACCCCUUGUAUCCAGACUUCAGUACUAGUGCUAAUAACAUCCACAUUGACAAAACCAAACCAGUAUGGCACAACUACUUCCUAUGUGGAUUUAAAGGCAUCCAGGAACACUUUGGUCUUAGUAAACUGACGGGGAUGAACUGUCUGGUAGAUGGAAACAUUCCCCCAGGUUCGGGCCUCUCCAGCUCCAGUGCUUUGGUCUGCUGUGCUGGGCUAGUGACUCUCACAGUGCUGGGAAUGAGUCUAUCCAAGGUGGAGCUUGCAGAAAUCUGUGCCAAGAGUGAGCGUUACAUAGGCACUGAAGGAGGAGGCAUGGACCAGUCCAUAUCAUUUCUUGCAGAAGAAGGGACUGCCAAGUUAAUAGAGUUUAGUCCUCUGAGAGCAACUGAUGUGAAACUCCCCAGUGGGGCAGUCUUUGUGAUUGCCAACAGCUGCGUGGAAAUGAACAAGGCGGCCACUUCCCAUUUCAAUGUCAGGGUGAUGGAGUGUCGGCUGGCUGCAAAGGUCCUUGCUAAACACAAAGGGUUGCAAUGGGAUAAAGUCCUACGGCUAGAAGAAGUGCAAACCCAACUGGGGAUUAGUCUGGAAGAAAUGCUGUUGGUCACAGAGGAUGCCCUUCACGCUGAACCCUACAGCAGGGAGGAGGUCUGUAGGUGCCUGGGGAUUAGCCUGGAGGAACUCCGUACUCAAAUCCUGAGUCCAAACACUCAAGAUGAGCUCACCUUCAAGCUCUACCAGCGGGCAAAGCAUGUGUACAGCGAGGCCGCGCGUGUGCUGCAGUUUAAGCAGGUGUGUGAAGAAGCGCCCGCCAAUGCUGUCCAGCUGCUGGGCGAGCUAAUGAACCAGAGCCACAGAAGCUGCCGGGACAUGUUCGAGUGCAGCUGCCCCGAGCUGGACCAGCUGGUGGAUAUCUGCCGGAAGUUUGGGGCCCGAGGUUCCCGACUUACUGGAGCAGGGUGGGGAGGCUGCACAGUGUCCAUAGUGCCCGCCGACAUGCUGCCCAGCUUCCUCACGAACGUCCAUGAAGCGUACUACCGGACGAACAGUUCCAGCUUGGCUCUGGAGAAGCACAGCCUGUUUGCUACCAAACCUGGAGGCGGGGCUUUGGUUUUCCUUGAGGCCUAAACAAUGUAAAACAUCUCAGAGAAACUAUUUGGGGCAUUUAGGAGCUGGCGAGAUUUCCCGGGCCACCGCAAAUCAGCCCCUUUUCUGUUUGUUAGGAAGAAUGGCUGCUAUUAUCAAGAUGCAUUUCCAGAGACACAGAGAAAGCUAUGCUUCAUACUGACCACUUCUCUCUCUCUCAAUGGAUUUUCUUAUGAAUCAGAGGCCAGGGCAUGCUUAGGCAGAUCUUUAAGGUAUGACUACUAUUUAUUGAUUUGAAGAUUUAAAGAUGAAAAGCAGAAUGUACUCUUAAUUGAACACCGCUGCAAUUAAAUUGGUACAGCUGAA